UUUGGAGGACUUGUGGAGCUCGCCCCAAGAGGGCCAAGAAGACAGGCGCUGGGUCCGAAGCGCCUCACAGGAACCGUUUCCCAGGAUGGCUGAGUUGCUCUUCUGUGAGCCAACAGAACUCUAUAACAUCUUGAAUCAGGUCUCAAAGCUGUCCAGACUAGCUGAACCCAACUACCUGUGCUUACUGGAUGUUCGCUCAAAAAGGCAAUAUGACCAGAGCCAUGUGAUCACUGCCCGGAGAGUGAAGAAGAAGGAGAACCAGUACCUCAUCCCAGAGUCUGUGGAUCUGGAGUGUGUGAGAUACUGCAUCGUGUAUGACAGCAACACCAGUUCCCUGGAACUGUGCAUACGGCGGCGGUAUGAGGAUGAUGAUGAUGAGGAGGAGGAGGAGGGGGAAGAAGAAAGAGACGGUGAUGGCGAAAACACUGAACUCUUACCUGGACCUGCCGUGGAAUUUGGGCAUAUCCUCACCCACCUAACCCGACAGCCUGUCUAUGUCCUCAGAGGGGGCUACGAGUGCUUCUCUGGCCUGUACCACUUCUUCCGGACCCAGAAGAUCAUCUGGAUGCCCCAGGAACUUGAUGCCUUCCAGCCAUAUCCAGUUGAGAUAAUUCCAGGCAAGAUCUUCAUGGGCAAAUUCAGUCAAGCCUGCAAUGCUAAAAUUCACAAGGAUUUGAAAAUUAAAGCACAUGUCAAUGUUUCCAUGGAGGCAACACCCUAUUUUGUAGGUGAUGGAGACAAGCUCUUGCAUAUCAAGAUAGAGGAUUCUUCAGAUUCCAACCUUUUCAAUUCUUUCCGCCACAUCUGUCAUUUCAUGGAAAUCCACCUCCGGCUCCGCUCUGUGGUCCUGGUCUUUUCCACCCGGGGCAUCAGCCGCAGCAGCGCUGCUGUGGUGGCCUUCCUCAUGCAUUAUAAUGAGGAGACCCUGAAGAGGUCCUGGGCCCAUGUGAAGAAAUGCAAAAACAACAUGCGACCAAAUCGGGGUUUGGUGGCUCAGCUGCUGGAAUGGGAGAAAAUUAUCCAUGGGGAAUAUAUCACAGACAUCAGUGACCCUAUCUACUGACCUUCACCUGUGGCCCACCUGGGCCUGAGGAACCUUGCUUGGGACUUCUGGUGGGAUGGGGGUUAGGUUUGCAUUUGGAGUUGUCUAGAAGACCUCUGUGACCUGAAGUGUCAUGUCUACAUCUUAAGACUGGUUCUGUGUGUGUGUAUGUAUAUGUGUGUGUCCCACCCACAUCAAUACUGGGGAUUGAACCUAGAGCAAUGCUUCUCAACUUUUUUAAUGCUGCGACCCUUUAGUACAGUUCCUCAUCCUGUGGUGACCCCAACCAUAAACUUAUUUUCAUUUCUA